GGUUUGUGCCGUUGCGGCGUGUGAUGGCCCGGGCGGGAGGUGGGAACACGCAGGGAAGCGGCUGCGAUGCGUGUUCAUACAUGGGCCUGAGCCGGCUCCCACAGCGGCUCCACACACAUCGUGGCUUUGAUCCAGCAUCGCUGUUGCUCACACACAUGUCAAAGGUGGACGGGGGGGAACUGCCCCUCUUUGGAUGUGGGUGAAGCAGCGCUGGGGCUGCAGCCUCCAGCCCUAGAUCCCCCGAAACAAGCGCUGGGGGAAUGCGAUUCCCAAAGUUCAGCCGUGUUUCCGUGGCAUCGUGGUCAGAACAGGUUUACAGAUGCGACUGGAGCGUCUCUUGACUCUACAGCAGGUUGGAGAAGUACCGAGAGGUGCCCAAACCGUCGUGCUCUGAGUGUUCCUGUAGCUUUCCCGGCAGGAAUCCUGUGCCCCAGCGUGUGCGGAGGGAGGAAACGCCGCUGCGGCGAGUGCCUGCUGCCACCGGCUGGCCAGCGGCCUCCAGUGCGCCUUACAGACCCUGCCGAAUUCCUGAUCCCGUUUACAUCAUUUACCCAGCGUCUAUUCCCUUGGGAUCCGCAUCCUUUCUUUUAGCGGGGUUUCCAGAGCGAGCAAAACGCAAUUCUCACCCGGGACCGAAGGGGAACGCAGAACACAAAGACACCUUUAACGAAGACUUUGCACCUUUUUAACCCACUUUUGCCUUUUCGUGUCCUUUCCCCGCUCAUGCAGGUGCUCCUUCAGGCAGCACUUCCUGGGAUAGAGGCAUUCCAGCUCUGGCACUGCUUUCCAGCAGAAGGCUGACUGGGGGCUGCAGCUCGCUGUAGCCUUCCCCACGUGCCGUUACAAGGUUUCCAAACGCAGAGGGAGCAUUCCCAUGGCACCAGUGACCUACUGAGGCAACUUCAGAGCUCAGGAUGGAGGUGGUGAGCAGGACAGACCCCCACCUCCAGGAGGUCGUGUGGUUUGCGGUGCGCUGCAGAGCCCUGACACUUGUGCUGCAGGCUCUCUUCAACCUCCUGAUCCCAGAUCACGCUGCAGACGCCUUCUCCCCGCCUCGCCUGUCCCAGCCUGGCCUGUGGGAUGUGCUGGUGGAGCAGCUGCUGGGAGGGCUGUCGCGCUGGGACGCGGAGCACUUCCUCUUCAUCGCCGAGCACGGUUACCUGUACGAACACAACUGUGCCUUCUUCCCACUGUACCCCCUGAGCCUGCGAGCCGUGGCCGAGGGGGCUCUGUGGCCCCUGCAGUGGCUGCUGUGUGUGCGGAGCCGCCUGCUGCUCUCGGCUGUGCUGCUGAACUCCCUCUUCUCUGUCCUGGCAGCCGCUGCCCUGUAUCAGCUGGGCUGCGUCGUGCUGCGGUGUCGCAGGGUGGCUUUCCUCGCUGCCAUCCUCUUUUCAGUCAGCCCUGCCAAUGUGUUUAUGGCAGCUGCUUACUCAGAGAGCAUGUUUGCCUUCCUGGCAUUCAGUGCCAUGUGGCAACUGGAGAAGGGGCAGAGCUGGCUCAGUGGACUGCUCUUCUCCCUUGCGGCUGGGGUGCGUGCCAACGGGCUUGUUAAUGCUGGCUUCUUUCUCUACUCCUGCAGUAAAUGCUUUGCCCUCCAGCUCCAGGUGGGUUCGGGGGCAAUAAGGAAGGUCCCUCAGUUGUGGAAGCAACUCUUCAGCGUGGCAUCUUCGCUGGUUCUCAUGUGUGCUGGGAUUUUCCUACCUUUUGCUUUAUUUCAGUAUUAUGCCUACGUGAGGUUCUGUGGUCCUGGAACCAGCCUGGAGCAGACUGUUCCUAAGCCACUGGUCCAGCUGGCUCUGGACAAAGGCUAUUGUCUGGCAGCCCCAAAUGGGGUGAAACCCCCUUGGUGCUCGCAGCAGGUCCCUGUGGUCUAUUCCUAUAUUCAAGACACUUACUGGAAUGUUGGCUUUCUAAGGUAUUUUGAACUCAGACAGAUACCAAAUUUCUUGCUUGCUUUGCCUGUCACGCUUCUGGGCUCAUGGGCUGCCUGCACCUACAUGAUUGCAAACCCGCGGCACUGCCUAGCUCUUGGUCUAGAGAGAAGAAAGAGUGAAGAGGAGGGUAAACCAAGAGCUGGAUUCUGCUGCCCUGCUGUCUUCGUCUAUGUGGUCCAUGCCACGGUCCUGCUGGCAUUUGGGUUCUUCUGCAUGCAUGUGCAGGUGCUGACCCGGUUCCUCUACUCCUCCUCUCCCAUCCUGUGCUGGUUCUCUGCUCACCUCCUUCAGGAAUACGAACCUUUACUCUGGAGUGAAGGGACUGAUGAUCAAACCUCUGCACCUCGCUAUGAGGAAUCUCUUCUGGGUAAAUCUCCCGGUUCCUGUGAGAACCCUGUUGUGAGGCUGCUGCUGAACUGCAGAUCCAUCACCCCGCUCAGCAGAUGCAUCCUCGGAUUCUUCCUGUCCUACUGGCUGCUGGGGCUGGUUCUGCACUGCAACUUCUUGCCGUGGACGUAGCGCGGGGUGCGUUGGUGCAGGCUGGUUGCGGGGCAGCAGCACUGGUCACAAUUGAAACCCACUUGUUCUAGAAAGCCUGAUGUAGGUGUAGUGAUGCUGUAGUCUCGGUUACAAAGGCAUUACUCCUCA